AUGUUCCACUCAGCCAGCAAGCGCUGCUUCACCAUCGAGUCCCUGGUAGCGAAGGAUAGCAGCUCGCUGCCCCCCGAGGAGCCCCUCCGUCCCACCGCGGUCACCAGCACCUACCCGCCCUCCGCCGACGCCUUCGCCAGCAGCUUCCAGACAGCGGCCCGCUCCCUCUACUCCGGGCCGGAUCUCAUGUUCCAGGAGUCGGUCGCUCACCCCUCGCUGCCCGUCCACCCUCACCAGCUGGGGACUCACCUGCAGACCCACCACCCAUUCUUCGCGCCUCAGCACAGGGACCCGCUCAACUUUUACCCCUGGGUCUUGAGGAAUCGGUUCUUUGGCCACAGAUUUCAAGGAUCUGAUGCUGCACACGAGUCCAUGUUACUGCAUGGCCCCUUCGCCAGGAAACCGAAGAGGAUUCGCACAGCAUUCUCCCCAUCCCAGCUUCUCCGCUUGGAGAGAGCCUUUGAGAAGAAUCACUACGUGGUGGGAGCCGAGAGAAAGCAACUAGCGAGCAACCUGAGCCUUUCAGAAACCCAGGUGAAGGUGUGGUUCCAAAACAGGAGAACGAAAUACAAGCGUCAGAAGUUGGAGGAAGAGGGACCCGAAUCCCAGCAAAAAAAGAAAGGCUCACAUCACGUCAACCGGUGGAGGUUGGCGACAAAGCAGUCCAGCCCUGAGGACAUUGAUGUCACCUCAGAGGAUUAG